CUAGGCAUACUUGCUACCAGUACAUACACCAUAGUUCAUGAAAACUUAGCAUAUUAAUGGAUGCUGUAAUGCUCUUCGGUUGCUGAACUCAUUUGCUACAGCAAGAGAUUUGCAGGUUGUUUAUUUCUGUUUAUGCUCAGGUUUGAUGCUUAAUAAUAGGGAUCAAAAUCCGUAUCGAUGUAUUAACUUCAGCUUAUGAGAUUUCAAAAAUUGGUCUGCUGCUGUGAAGAGCUGUUUCACCAUUUUGUCUAGCUUUUGAUAAGCAUGAAAUAUAUGUGUCACACUCUGCAGUAGUUUCACACGCGUAAUUGGAUCUCAUCUGAUAUGAUCAUUAUUGAAAGCUUUUUGAGUCUUUAUUAGUUGUAGUCUUUUUUGUGACGUUAGGAUGGCUCAUUGGAUUCCAUUUUCCAUAAUUGAUUAGCAGUUGUUUCUAAAGUAAAUUUGACUACCCCAAAGAACUGAAUUGUAUGGAAUGAAUGGGCAUUUGGUAUCUCUAGUUGCAAUUUGCAAGCAUAUUAUCACAUAUACCCUUCCAUGAAGUUUUGGCUGAGAUAAUAAAUAUCAAGGGUUUUUCUAAAUGAGGUUAACAAAGCUGGUGUUUCAAUUUUCCUUAGUACAAGAAUGGAUUUUCAUCAUAAUGUACUCCCAUUCCUUAGAUCUUGGUAUUUAUGUUGAGUCCAUCGUGCGGUAAACAUAUAUUUGCUUGAAUGGGGUUUUCUCUAGUGGCCAAAUUUCAAAAAACUCAUGAUUAUCUGCAUGUGCCUGAACUGAAAACUUUGUACACGCUUUAAGAAAUGCAACUUGAAAGGAAUUCUGGAACAAAACCUCUGAUUGUCCCCCUUUUGGAUCAUGGUAUUUUUAGCUAAAAUCAUGUUGUAAUGGUGGAAUACAUACCAGCUUGGGAAGUUGACAUACUCUCUCUUCAAACUACACUCCAUCUUUGAUCAAAAAAAAGAAAAAACUGCACUCCAUGUUUUCUAAGUUGUGCUAUCCUUUGCAGUACUUGCCUCCUAAAUUUGCACGAACUAUGUCAUCCUUGGUUGAUCGUAAAACUCUUCUUGAGGAUUCAAGUGGACAGCGGUGGAAGGUGACUUUAUCCAAUCAUGAAGGGUCACUUGCUUUUCAAGAGGGAUGGCAUUCAUUUUGCCACGACCAUGGUCUGGAAGUGGGAGAUUUCUUGGCAUUCUAUUACAUUAGGGGAUCCCACUUCAUUGUUCAUAUAUGGGGAACAAGUGGCUGUGAAAAAUUGAACAAUUAUGGAGAACACGGCCAUCGAAAGAAGAAAAUCAAGACUAAAAGAAAUUCAGCUGCUCAAGACGGACAGUGCCACAUGAUUGAUAAAAAUUUGACGAACAAACAGGGUUCUAGUACUUCAGUUGAAAUGGGGUCAAACACUGAAACAAGACAAGGGCAACCAAUUGCCAUUGAUAAUACUUCAAACUUUAAUAGUGGUAAUGAAAGGCUUCAACUUGUUUCCACCACCGAAUACCGUGAAGAACCAUUUUAUAUGAUAAAUAGAGAUGUUGGAUGCCACCAAGAAGAAGACAGGACAUGCUUAUAUGACUUGUCCAAAUUUGAAAUGCAGAGGAGCAGAUCGGUUGCUGAUGGAACCAACAAAGUUCCAGGAGGAGAUGAAACAUGCCCUCACCAUGCGGACACAAUGCUGAAAUCUCAGACUGAUGCAGGGUUAGUCGAUGAGGAUUUAGGAGAUAUCAGAAUAACUAGUCAGGUAGCACCUCCAGAUGCAGCUGAUGGCACAGUGAUUGAGAAAACUAAUGAUCCUGGAUUGUCAGACUUCUCUAGCCGUUCUGUCUCCAUUUCAAUUCUCAAGAGUCACUCUGGUGAGAUGAGGAAAGAGAUUCAGCCAGAGCAAGUCAAGAAGCUUGAAGAAUUUGGUGGUUGUGGCAGAUUUUUGCACAGUCAGGUGUGUGGUCAGAGUUCCAGUUCAGCUUUAAAAGAUAAUGACAAAGUUGAUGCAUCGGUGAAGACUGAGCCUGUUGAUUCAUUUGAUUUAUCCUUACCAGAUGAUGCCGAUACCUCUUGUUUGGCGGUGAUGAACAGUGAAGAUGUUGUGGAGUUGCCAUCACAAUUGCCUUCAAUAUCAUUUAGGAGGAUGAAACAUGAAAGCAGGGUAGUAUUCCUCCGAGAUCCAGAUAGAAGACUUUGGCCAGUCCUGUACUGUCAAAAAUAUGGUCUAAAAAUUUUGACAAGUGGAUGGAAAGCAUUUAGCAAGGCAAACAACAUUCAGCCAGGAGAUGAAUGCGUUUUUGUACUUGAAAGUAAACCUGAGUGCAUUUAUAAGGUUGAUAUUGUUCGAAAGUAAGUCGGGCACCAAACUUUUCUAUUUCAUAUUGUCAUUUCCUCCGCAACUCAUCAGUAUGUUACACAGUUAUAAUCGAAAUGUAAGGCAAGGAGCUAGACACACACUUUAUGUUACGAGUUUUUGACAAAGGUUCAGUGCUUCUGUCAUUAUAUUAGUAUUCUACUUGAAACAAUAGAUCCUUUGUAUAGAUUGCUGAUGGGGAUAUCUAAUGUUUGGUAACCUGCUAUGUUAAUGCACAGUAAGAACUGUUCAUUACUCAUUCAAAAAUGUUGCUCAUGAAAUUAUUUAGCAUUGCCUCUCCUUUGAACAUCUUGGUGAACAGCCUGCGUGGGUAGCCCCUUCGACUUACUGGUUUCUCUUGGGUUUAAGCAAUAGAUAUGCUUAGCGGGUGAUUGCAGAUUUAUGUGGUUUACUCUGUAGGUGUGUGUCCAAUGUGGCUUGAUCUUGGACAAGUUGCUUGCUCGUCAUCAGAAAAUACACACACCCACACACAUUCUGGUGAACCGAUAUGUGUGAAACUGCAAAAGCCAAAGGAUGGUGAACCAGGCGGCAGCUGCAUCGCAUGAUUCCAAAUUUAGGCUCAGCAACAUCAGGUUUAAUGGUCUGCUACAGCGUUUUAUAUCCAUUUAUUGCAGGCUUUCCCUGGAUAUUACUUUGAUGGAUCAGGAUUCUUAGAUGCAUGCCUAUCUAU